AUGGCUGUUCCUUUUGAAAUUGAACCAUACGAAAUUCUUGGUGUGAACAAUGAAGCUACACCUGUGGAAAUUAAAAAGUCCUACUACAAAUUAUGCCUGAUACACCAUCCUGAUAAGAAAUCUGGAUCAGACUCAUCAAAUGACGAACAUUUCCAAAAGAUCCAGUUUGCUUAUUCAAUUCUCUCUGACUCGAAAAGGAGGAAAAGAUACGACAGUACAGGGUCACUAGAUGACACUGCCCUAGACGAAGAUGGGUUCGAUUGGAAAGAGUACUUUGAGACGAUGAAAAGCCAGCCAGUCACUGAGGAUUUGAUUGAAGAAGAUAGAGAAAAGUACAAGGGAAGUGAUGAAGAGAAGCAAGAUAUUAUUGAUGCUCUCCAAUUUUAUGAAAUGGACGUUCCAAAGCUCUUUGAGGCCAUUCCUCAUCUCGAGUUUGACGAGAGUGAAGAAGAACGUAUCUUCCACUUGGUAACAGAAUUGGUAGACAGCAAACAGGUUGAAACUACAAAUAAAUGGGACAAGUACAAACACAAUAGGAAAUCCUUCAUAAAGAGACAAUUGCGCAAAUUGGAAAAGGAGGCUGUUGAAGCUGAAAAGCUUCAGAAGAAACUGGCGAAGCAAAAGAAAGCAGAUCAGGAUAUUUCAACCUUGCAAGGACUACAGUCAAUUAUUCAGGCUAAACAACGAUCAUCUAAUCAAAAGUUGGACUCGUUGAUAAAUAAACUGGAAACCGAAGAGGACGCAAAGGUAAAAUCCAAACGAGGUAAGAAACGGGGUACCAAAAGGGCAGCAGUCCCAGAUAUUGACGAAGAAGAGUUCCAAAGAAUCCAGGCAAAGCUGAAACGAUAG